GUACACAGUACUCCACCUGGAGUGAUCCAAGCGCACGCCCGCCAGAUCUGAGUUUUUUCUUCGCUGAACGCUCACUUCGACGAGGACUAGAUUAUAAAAGCCAGAGGACUCAUCGCUGCGAUGUUGCGCCUUUAUCCUGGAUAAGUCAAUAGUAUCCUUUCUCGUCUUUUCAGCACUCGCAGUGGACUUUCCUGUGAGAACCAUCCCUUAGUUCCUCUAUCCAUCUGCCGGGGAGGAUGUGCGAAACGGUACCAUGGGUUUCUUAGAUGCUCUAACCUUAGGCUCAAGUGCCAAUCACCAACCCACUACAAGGACUACAACCCAGUCCAUCGAUGAUGGCAACGCCGUGCUUAUGAGUACUGGGGCUAUUACAACAAAUUUAUCAAGGUAUACGGGUGCAACGACUGUCCUAACAGGUGUUCACCGAGGCUACCCAGGUACAGUCGCUAGUACUAGCCCGUACGGCUAUGUCAGGGACGUGACCAAUCUUGACUCCACUGCUCUCCACCAAGCUACGACCCAAGGAACCAUCCACCAGCCUGCGACAGGACACGGAGAAUGGGGAUACUCCCCCCAAUACACUCCAGAUAUCCAAUCCACCGAUCUCCGCUGCGAAUGGCGAGGCUGCACCUAUCGAAACACCUUCAACCGCCCAGCCGAUCUCAUCCGCCAUGUCCGAAAUCUUCAUGUCGCUCCUAGAUCCUUCGCUUGCUAUAUGUGCGGUCGGCGAUUCAAUCAGGCAUAUAAUCUGCGGAAUCAUAUGCGAGUCCACCAACACACUGAUGUUCCGUCUGUAUGUCCUUGAAGAAUCGCGGGUGAUCGUGUACGAUCGGGGAGAUGGAUCGGGAAACGUCUGUUUAUAGGAUCGGUCGAACGCUUUGCAUUCAU